AUGUCGAAUUUAUCCAAACUUGAGUUUGUGGCACUAGAUAUCUCUGGAAAAAAUUACCUUUCAUGGGUUCUCGAUGUUGAGAUUCAUUUAGCUGCUAAAGGUCUUGAUGCCACCAUUACUCAGGGAAAUGAAGCAUCAAAUCAAGAUAAGGCGAAGGCUAUGAUUUUCCUUCGUCAUCAUCUUGAUGAGGGCCUAAAGAUUGAAUAUCUGACGGUAAAAGAUCCACUUGAAUUGUGGACUGAUUUGAAGGGGAGGUAUGACCACCUAAAGGCAACAGUAUUGCCAAGAGCUCGUUAUGAGUGGAUGCACUUACAGUUUCAAGAUGUUAAGAUCCAACAUAAUGCCCUUUUAAUGAAAAAUCAUGAAGCUCGUCCCACGGGAGCUGCUCCGUUACCGGAAGCAAAUGUGGUAGAAACACAUGAUCAAUCUGAAGUAAAAAGAGAUGAUCAUCGAGGCUAUAAUAAUGCACGAGGACGUGGCAAAGAUAAGAGGCGAUACAACAAUCGUCGAGGUGGUGGUCAUAAUUAA